AAAUAAUUUUCUACAAUUUUUUAAGGAACCAAACAUCAAAGCAAUUUCUGGAACAUUCUUUUUGGGAAGAAUUAUUGUGAUAAAUUUUUUUGCCCAAAAUUUUGCUUUCCUUUUCCAGUUAUUUUACCACUUGAUUCUGGUAUAUCAAAUUACUAAUUUUGAGUAUAAAAGAAUAACAAAAAGGAAAAAAAGGAAACAUGGUUAAUGGAGAAUGACCUGGACGAAGUUAAAAAUUUUCUAAUUAUGGGGAAAGUGGAUGUAUUAAUAAUGAUAACAAUUUCAAUCAUAACAAAGAAAAAAGGGAAACUAACUAGGCCAGGUCCAAUGAAUUUAAUCUUUAACAAAUUUAAGGCACUACAAAGAUGUAUAUAUGAUAUGAUAUUAAAGCGGCAAAAACAACGGAGUAAAAAUCGUAGCUUUACAACCUUCAAUAUAUAAAAUAAAAUCGCUCCUUGGUUUCUUCUUCUUCUUCGUCGUUCCCAAGAGAGAGAGAGAGAGAGAGAGAGAGAGAGAGAGAGAGAGGAGAAUGAAGAGCACCAUUAAUGGCGAUCUUAGCUCGCUUCUUGCUGGCGCUGAGAGGGAUUACCUCGUAAGGAGCAAUGGUAAUAAGGUCAAGAUUAGCAAUCUCGAUGCAAGCACCGUUGGUCUCUACUUCUCGUCCAAGGGGUGCGGUCCUUGCCGGCGCUUCACUCCGAAGCUCGUCGAAGCGUACAACGAGCUCUCCUCUCGAGGAGACAGCUUCGAAAUCGUCUUCGUCCCGUGCGACCGUGCCGAGGAUGCAUUCGACGAGUACUUCUCGAAGAUGCCGUGGCUCGCCGUUCCUUUCUCCGAUUCGAGCUCCCGCGAACGCCUCGGAGACCUAUUCAAGGUUGUGAACAUUCCCAACCUCACUAUAAUCGACCGGAGUGGAAACGUCGUUUUCGAGAAGGGUGUCCAAUUCGUGGGGGAGUAUGGGGCCGAUGUGUAUCCUUUCACGCCGGAGAAGGUACUCAAGUUGGAGGAGGAAAAGGAGGCUGCAAAAAGAGAGCAAACUCUUCGAAGCUUAUUGGUUUCGCCUACUCGCGACUAUGUAGUUUCUAACAAUGGAGACAAGGUCCCUGUAUCUGAGCUCGAAGGUAAAGUUGUGGGUUUAUAUUUCACCGUUAGUCAUCGCAGUUCGGACGACGAUUUCACUCCAGUGCUGAACCAACUAUAUGAAAAGCUCAAGGAAAUCGGAGAGAACUUUGAAGUAGUACUAAUAUCACUUGAGGAAGAGGAGUCAACUUACAAUGAGAGCUUCGCGAAAAUGCCGUGGCUUGCGGUACCUUUCAAGGACAAGAUCUGCGACAGGCUCUUCCACUACUUUGAGCUUCAGGCGAUUCCUACUUUAGUAAUAGUUGGUGCCGAUGGAAAGACUUUGAAUAAUAACGUGGCUGAAAUUGUUGAAGGGUACGGGACAGAGGCGUUGCAGUGGUUUCCAUUUUCUCCGGAGAAAAUGGAAAUUGUCGCAGAGAAGGCGAGGGAGAAAGCGGAGAAGCAGACUUUGGAGUCGAUUCUUGUUCAUGGGGAACUAGAUCAUGUCGUUAGAAAUGGCGACACCAAGUUGCAGAACUCAUCGGGAAGAACAUCCUGCUCUACUUCUCAGCACAAUGGUGCCGUCGGUGCCGCGCUUUCCUACCGAAACUAGUGGAGGAAUACCACAAGAUCAAGGAAAAGGAUGACGCCUUCGAAGUUAUUUUCAUCUCCUACGACGAGGAUCAGAACUCUUACAAUGAUUUCUUCUCUAGCAUGCCGUGGUUGGCGCUCCCCUUCAAGGAUGAGAGAGUGGAUUCUUUGUC